AUGUAUCGACGAUUUUACAAUAAACAUGUUAUAAGCUAUAGUUCUCACGUUCGACUAUAUGCCUCCGCAUCACAUGUGCCUCGUAAAGGGUCUACCAACAUUUCGACUCUUUUAAAACCGUUUCACAAGCGAAAGCGUAGAAAAGACAUUGCAGAUCCAACUCAUCCAUCUCGAAUAUUGUUCUUGGAUAUCAAGCAAUAUUUGGAGAGCUGUUUAAGUUUGUAUAACAAGAAAAUUACCAGUGAUGAUGUAGAGAACCUGGAAAAGAUGAUAAAGGCUUUUUUACCAGCGCAACGAAAGGAAAAAGUAUUGGAAAACAUUAAAGUUACUGGAAAUACUCAUGAUGGAGACGGGUUGGCUUUGGUUCCUAAAUUACUUUACGCCAGUGAAGUUGAAGAUUCUGAACUGUUGAUGGGUAAGUUCACAGUUUUUAUCAUUCCCAAAACAAUAAUAGGAGAUAAAGUGAAUAUCAAAAUUAAGCUACAUCAUCAGUAUUUUGCAGAAGGGGAGUUGCUCAAAGUGGUUAACUCGGGCACAAAGGAGUCAAGAAGGAAUGACAAGCUCAUUCUAUGCAAACAUUUUCAUGAAUGUAAUGGGUGCCAAUUUCAAAUGUUAUCUUAUGAAGAUCAAUUGCAUUAUAAGCAACAAUUGAUUGCUAAAGCAUACAAAUUGUUUUAUCCUAAGCUUGCAAGAGACCAAAGUUUUGGUUCGGUAAUAGGCUCUCCACUACAAUAUGCAUAUAGGACCAAGAUUAACCCGCACUGUACUUUGGAAGGCAACAACAAAAAAUGCUCCACGAUUGGGUUUCAACAUGUAAAUAACCAAGGCAAAGUAGAUGUCGAACAUUGUCCCAUUGCAACUAUUGAAAUCAAUGACAAAUUGCAGCAAGCUCGCGAGCAUUAUAUCGGAAAAAAGCAUUUGACACAGCUAACACUUCGUCAGAGUUUAAGGGUCGACCACUCUACCGGCGAAUUUUAUCCAACUGCAUUGGAAGGCCAAAAGACUGUGGUUACAGAGAGGAUUGAGGACUUUGUCUACCAGUUUGAAAAUAGCUGUUUUUUCCAAAAUAAUAAUUCCAUUCUAUCAAUGGUCUUGGAUUAUAUGCGAUUUCAUAUUAAUCUGCUCGACAACAAAGUUGUGAACAUUGUUGAUACAUACUGCGGUGUUGGCUUUUUUGGGAUAGCAUUAUCCCAGUUACCCGACAAUGUAAAGGUGUUUGGUAUUGAGGUGAGUGAUUCCAGUAUCAAGUAUGCGCAACACAAUGCCAAGUUGAACGGUUUGGAUCAGGAGAAAGUAAAAUUUAUUUUGGGAGAUGCUUCGAAAAUAUUCAGUAACAAAGAGUUUAAAGAUGACAACAACAGGUUCAAGAUCAAAGGCGAUGAUAGUGUUGUUAUAAUUGAUCCGUCUAGAAAGGGUUCUGAUGAACAGUUCUUACGGCAACUCUUGGACUUUGAGCCUCGCAUGAUUAUCUAUGUGAGUUGCAAUGUAUUUACACAAGCUAGAGAUUUGGCAUUAUUCGAAAAGUUGCAGUUGCAACUGCAUCAAAACAAAAAACUCUACAAUGUUGAACAAGUUACUGGAUUUGAUUUUUUUCCUCAAACUAAACACGUUGAAUCAAUAGCAGUACUCAAAAAAAAAAAACUAUAG